GCCACACUAAUUUGUCGGUCCCGGUCUUUGUUGGCAGUGCUGCGUCAAGCAAAUUUCGUUUCUUUAAAAUAAGUAUAUAGCAAAAAAUACGAGUUGAUUGGAUUAAAAAACCAGGAAAGCGUAUUUAUCUAGAAAUUGCCGAGCUAGAAUUGAACUCACUUCUGGUUUUGGCAACUUCCUGUUUGAGCAUAAGUAGUUGAACAGAGCCGAUGUCCAGUUAAAAGCCAAGCGCGAAGCACAUUUUUGCAAGUCGUGAAAAAGAUUGUCAACUGAAGUUAAAUAACUGUACAUAAGAUAUGUGGACGUCACGAAAGGAGGUGGACGAGCAGGUUCACAAAAUACUUAGCAAAUUUCCGCCCGGACAUUUGCGCGAUGUCAAGGGUAUGUCGGUUGCACGAAUGUACUAUAAGAUACAGGAAUACCCGAAAGCCAUCGAAUACCUCAACAGCUAUCUGAAGGUGAAGGACGAGGCCAAUGCCCACAAGCUGAUUGCCGCCUGCUACACGUUGCGCAAACAGCCGGACCCCAAGCUGGCCCUGGAGCACUACCAGCGCUGCAUCCAGCUGAAUCCGAAGCAGCCCGAAGUGAUUAACGAUGCUUGCCAACUGCUUCUGGACGAGAACAGCAGCAGCAAGGGCCUCUUCAGCGUGGAGUGCGCCAAGUUCUGGCUGGACAAAGCCGGCGGCAUACAAUUGAAUGAGAGCGAACUGAUGUUCCAGUUGCGAAUGAAGAUAAAACUCCACGAGAGCACCAAUGGCGGCGAUGGAGGAGUUGGAUCGGGCUAUGGGGCGCUGAGCGACAUCACAGCAGCCAAUUCGGAGAUGAACGCCCUCGAGGAGAUCAUGCACAGGGAGCUGCAGGCACGGCCACAGGACGUAAAAUUGCGGGUGCGUCUCAUGCGCUGCUAUCUCGAGAAGAAGAAACUGGAGGAGGCCUUCACCUAUGCCUUCCGGGUGGAGCUGGACGAGAAGAGUGGCACCAGCCAGUGUGCCGAUUGGUAUGACAUUAUUUGGACCACGCUCACCAAACUGGAGCAGGGCAAGGACCUAAAGAAGUGGGGUCCGCGCUUCUGGCAGCUGGCACUCCUCACCCUAGACCGCCUCGCACAGCUCAGCCUGGAGUCGGGCAAGACCAUGCUCGACUGCAGCAGCCAUUUGUUCCGCCUCGACCAGUACCUGCACAGGUUCAGCAUGGAGAAAUCCUCGUCGGCCGAUCAAUUGCAGCCAGAGCUGCAGCAAUCCUGCAUCGACCAUUACUCGGGACAGCUGCUGCUCCAUGCGGUGGCGCUCGUCUUCAAGCGGGAGCUUGUGAGCAACCACAACAAGUGGGUGAAGAGCCUGAAGAGCGCGCUGCCCCUGCUGCUGCUGGGCUACCAGACGAAGCCGCUGCCGGAGAACUGCACCCAGCCCUGGAUGAAGCACUGUGACGAGGAUCAGAAGAAACUUCUGCAGCUUUGGCGCCUCCAGGGCGCCUUUCGUUGCGCCCAGUUGGGCAGGACUCUGUUCGGCUGCCUCGAGCCCGCAAAUGCCCAUGACAUGGACCAGAAGGAGAACAUUCAGACGGGCGGACAGAACAAUCAGCCAAUGAUUGGCCUCUUUGAGAACUCUGAUAAGCUGCUGGCCUGUGCCCGCCUGCAGUGGCAGGACAAGAACUGGCGUCGCCAGCUCUUCCCGGUGCUCUUCUCCCAUCCCGAACACAAGCUGAAGGAGAACUCAUCGCACCUCGUGCGCAACCCCAAGCUGGAAGAGCCGCUGUACGAAUGGCCUGAGGAGGCGGACAUCGAGUCGUAUGAGCGGCAGGCCCUGCUCCUGCAGCCCCAGUCGCUGGCGCAACAUGUGUAUCUGGCCUUGGGGGCCAUCGAGGCUCUCGGCAGCGCUCCACGCGUCGCCUUCUACGAGGGACUGCGCCGCGAUGUGAAGCAAGAUUUGAGCUUCUGCGGGCAGGAAUCGCUCUCGCAGCUAGACAUUGAUGUGUUUCUCUACGCCACGGUCAUCCACACGCACAGCCGCUUGGCCAGCCAGCGGGAGUCUUACGACAGCUGCAAUCUGGGCAAUUUCAGUGCAUCGGCGCGACCCCAUAUGCUGCCCUACGCCAAUGUGCUCAGCCAGUUGGCCACGCCCGAGCAGAGCGGCUGGUGGGAUCUGGUUCUGCGCUCACACAAGAAUCAAGUGCCAGACUGCAGUCGCGGCGAGCAGCGUGCCCAGAUGCAGAUGGGCCUGGAGGCGGUGCGCGGCGUGAAUGGCGCCAAGGCCGAUACCAUCAUACUCUUCAAGCUGGGCGCCAUUCUGUGUUCGCGCCAGGAUCGGGAUGUGCUCGAGCAUCGCAUCGACACCUUGUACAAGCAGGGCUUUAAUAUGAUGCGCCGCGAACAGCAGCAAGGAGGAGGCGGCCAUGAGCACUAUCCGCGAUUCUUCAAGAUCGUUUCGGACUCCUCAAGGGAGGCUUUCCAGGAGCGGCUCCGUCUCGCCGAAGAGGCUGUCUCGUACUUCAGCUCGAAGAUGUUCAAGGCGCAUCAGUAUCAGCAGUUUAUCGACGAGGUGCGCGGCCUCAACCUGCCCAUGGCCACGUACCUGCAGGCGGAGGCGUAUCGCAUGCUGGAGUACUCCAGCCAGAUCAACAGGGAUGCCAAAGCGCGCUACUGGGAGCAACGCAGGGACUACCUGCAGCAGACACAGCAGCUGCUACGAAACCAGGUGAAGCACCCGCUGUACGGGAUGAUCCGCAGCGAGGUUGGACGCUGCGAGGAGGAUCGCUGCGAGACGAACUACGAUGUCUACGGCUCGCCGGAAAAUCACAACAAUUCGUCGAGCUACGAGGAUGCCGAGGAUGCGGACUUCUAUGCAGGUGCUUCGCUCACGCUCAACCGUUCACGGCGUCACGGGGAGCCGCCAGUCGCUUCGAGGGACACACCAGUUCGUGGUACACCAGCUACGCCGGUCACAGCGGCCACACCGCUGGCCUCCAAUGCGAAAUUCAAUCAACUGGAGGAGACAGUCAAUCAGAUGAGCAAAUCCCUGUGCCAGCUUAAGGACGAUGUCAGCACCGGCAUCACGGACAUGCGGCAGGAGAUCAAGAACCUAACCGAAAAGUUUACGGGCAUUGAAGAUUUGAUUAAAAAAUUGAAGAUUACACACCGCGAGACGCCCACCAGGGAUGUGGAUCCAGCGACGGCCCUCGGUCUGGAUGAUCUCCUCAUCAUUGAGGAGCUCGAUGCACAGCAGCAGCAGCAUCAGCAGAGCCAGGCAGCAGCCGCAGCAGCAGUAGCGCAGCAGCAGCAACAUCAGCAGUUGCUGUCUACGAAUUAUGGUGCACCCAAUGCCAAUCCGGGUGGAUUUUUCAAUGGCGUUCCGGGCAUACAAUCGCCACAGGAUCGCUUCCUGCAGGGCGCCUACGGCAGUCCAUUGUUCAACCAGAAUCAGCUCUACAAUUAUUAUGCAGCCCAAGCGCAGCAGUAUAUGCGCACUCCACCGGCUGCUGGCACGUUGCCGCCUCUGAAUAUAUUUGGAGCGCAGAAUCCAAACUUUGCUGGCAUACCGGGAAUAUUCCCACCAGCACCCGCUGUGGCACCGCCCAGGUCCUACCUGGAACCGGCUGGUAGCUUUGGACAAACGCCUGCCAGUCUGAUACCGCCACAGUCCGCAGUCCCAGCAGCAGCAGCUCCACCACAGCAGCCACCCGGUCCAGCCCCGGCCAUUGCUGCGCUUCUACCGGUGGAGCCGCCCAAGCCUCCAACAGCUGCAGUGGGAGGUCCUGGAUUCUUCAACUCAUCUGCUCCGGUAUUUAUGCCAUCGCCCAUUCAGGCUCCGCAGGCAAAGCCGCCAUUGGUUGCUGCAGCUCCAGUCGUUGCUCCACCGCCAACAGCCGCAGUGGCCCCAACACCGGCCAUUCCGUCACUCUUCAAUCGCGCCCUAAACAACCAGCCCGUGGAGAAGGAGCCACCGGCUAAUGUGGUCAUAACCAGCUCCGAUCCGUUACCCAAACCAGCCACAGUCGCUGGCGUCCAGCCGACGCUAAGUGUAACAAUUCCUGCACAGCAUAUCAAGCCGAGUUUGGUGCAAAACACAGAGCAACAGCCGCAGCUACAGCAACAGCCAGCAGCACUGCCAGUGACUGUGCCAACAGCUGCCGUGACAGCAACCUCCAGCGGGGCUUUCAACUUUAGCUUUGGCACCAGCAAUGCGGAGAGUCCGUUCUCAUUCAAGACGCAGGUGGCCAAGGCCGCUGCCGAGAAGCAAAAGGAGCAGGAGGCCGAACAGGCCCAGGCCCUGCUCCUCAAUGAGAGUGCCAAGAGUGCCGCAAGUGAGCCGAAUAAGAGUGCGGUCGCUGCAGAUGCCUCCCUGGAGUUGGACUACGAUCCACGUCCGGACUUCCAGCCCAUUAUAGCGUUGCCCGAUGAGAUUGAAGUGCGCACGGGCGAGGAGGAUGAGGAGGUCAAGUUCUGUUUCCGUGCAAAGCUCUUCCGGCUGGUGUCGCACGAGUGGAAGGAGCGUGGCAUUGGCAACAUUAAGAUACUGAAGAACCAGGCCACCGGCGUCUCGCGCAUCCUCAUGCGACGCGAGCAGACGCACAAGGUCUGUGCCAAUCACAAAAUCAAUUCAGAGAUGUCACUGGCCACACCCCAAGGGGACACAGAGCAAAAGUCGUUCAUUUGGGCGGCUAACGACUUUGCCGACGAGGAGGUGGUGCCCGAGACUUUCCUCGUUCGUUUUAAGUCUCCCGACACGGCCAAACAGUUUCACAUUGCCUACACUGUAGCGCGUCAGGAGGCUUCCAAGGCAGCCACAACCACCACGGACACCGCAGCUGCUGCAGUUCCCGAGGUGCCAAAGGCACCUGCUGCAGCCCCUGCCCCAGCAACCGCUGUACCCAAGAGCUUUGUGACCAGCACACCUGCCACAUCGUUCGGCAAACCCUUUGAGCCCUCAAAUAUGAAGCUAUCGGAAUCGCUGGCAGCUCUGGCUGCUCCAGCCUUCUCGACCAACCAAACCUCAUCGACGACAGUGGCCAAGUCUCUCUUUGGUGGACAGCAGCCUGCUGCUGCUGCUGCUACUACUACUCCUACUUCCACUGCUGUGUCGUCCACUCCCACGGCAUCCGCAGCACCGCCGACAGUGCCGCCGUUUGCCAGCUUCAGCUUUGGCCAGCAGGGAGCCGGGCCAACGGCCUCGCCAUUUGGCAAUUUGUCCUUUGGCAGCAUGUCGUUUGGCAGUGUCUCGGCCGUCAACAGUAAUACGAGCGGCAACAACAACACCUUGUUUACCACAGCAGUGCUCCAGGACAGUACGCUGCAGGGACAGCAGCAACAGCAAAGGUCAAAGUCAACAGGCAAAGAGGAGACCGAAUCCGAUGCCGAGGAGUACGAGUCGACGGCACAGUUUAACCCAGUGAUCCCGCUGCCCGAAGUGGUGAAGGUGGUUACAGGCGAAGAGGACGAGGAUGUGCUGUUCGAGAAUCGGGCCAAGUUGUUGCGGUAUUUCAAGGAGACGAGUGAGUGGAAGGAGCGUGGCCUCGGAUCCAUGAAGCUGCUGCGCAACCGCAAAGAUCCUAGCCAGGUGCGUCUCGUGAUGCGUCGCGAGCAGGUGCACAAGACGUGCUGCAAUCAGCGGCUGCUGCCAGAGACGACCUUCAAGUAUCUCGUCAACUCGACCACGGCCCUAACCUGGGCGGCCCAGGACUUUGCCGAUCAGGAGCUGGAACAGACAACGCUGUGCGUGCGCUUCAAGAAACCAGAGACAUGCAAGGAGUUCUAUGAUGCAGUGCUAAAGGCACAAAAAGAAAUGAAAGAGGUUGAAUCGUCCAGCACCAAGACGGAUGGAAAGCAGUUGGCUGCCAAAGAAGAAAAGUCUGGAGCAGCAGCCACCGCCAGCAAAGGCUUUGGCGAUGCCUUUAAGCCCAAGGCUGGCAGCUGGAACUGUGAGGCCUGCUACACGAGCAAUGGCCAGGAUCAGUUGUAUUGUCUGUCCUGCGAGGGACCCAAGGAUGCGACAGUGCCGCCCAAGCAGCCAGCAGGCUUGGAUCUAUCGAAUGCUCUCAAUCUAUCUACCAGCAGCGCGAGUAAGUUUUCAUUUGGCUUUGCCCCCGCCACAACAGAGGCAGCCCCAGCCACAGCAGCGACUACUCUCCCCUCGGGCUUCAUUUUCGGAGCCAAGCCACAGUCAACGGAGAAGCCAGCUGCUUCAGUGGCAGCCACAUCCUCAGCUCCUGCCGCAUUGCCUGACAAAGCGUCUGGAUUUGGUGAUGCCUUCAAGCCCAAGGCGGGCAGCUGGUCCUGCCGCAGUUGCUAUCUGAGCAACACGGGGGAUGCCCUCUACUGCAGUGCCUGCGAGGCGCCCAAGGACGACACAGUGCCCAAAAAGGAGAGCAACGCUUUGGGCUCAACGUCGGGCCUCAUCUUGCCGGCCACGACAAAGUUUAAUUUCGGCUUUGGAGAGCCUGCUGCACCGCCCACUGUCGCAGGGGAAGUCAAAGACGGCGAAGCCACCAAGAGCGUCUUUGGAUCGGCCAGCUUCAGUUUUGUGCCCAAAACGUCGGCAGCGGCGCCUGUGUCUCUGGAAUCGGGCACCUUUAGCUUCACGAUGCCAAAGCCCGCACAGCAGCAGCCAAAGAGCCCCGGCGGGUCUGGCAAUGAUAAUGGGGAAAACAAUGAUUCCGAUCCGGAGGAGGAGAAUAAUACGCAUUUUGCACCUGUAAUCCCACUACCGGAAAAGGUCGAUGUCAAGACUGGCGAGGAGGACGAGGAGGUGCUAUAUGUGCAGCGGGCAAAGCUUUAUCGCCUCACGGACGAGUGGCGCGAGCGAGGCGUAGGCAAUGUGAAGAUCCUGCGCCACAAACAAACCGGAAAACUGCGAGUGCUGAUGCGACGCGAGCCGAUCUUCAAGGUGUGCCUCAAUCACGCCCUCACCGCAAGCGUCGCCUACAAGCCCAAGGACGAGCGCUCCUGGCUGUUUGUCGUGCACGAUUACAGCGGGGGCGAAAGCGUCAACGAGCGCUUCACGCUGCGAUUCAAGAAUAAGGACAUUGCCGAUAACUUCCUGAAGGUGGUCAAGAGCGCCCUCGAUGGCACCGCCCCAGCCAUUGUUGAGGAACCACACACAUCCGCUGCGCCGCCUGCAGCUGACAUUACUGAAGCCAGUCGCGACAGCGCCUCGUUGAUUUCCCAAGAGAAAAAAUCCCUGGCCGAUGAACACGACCUCUCGUUCGGAUCUGGCUGCACGGGCUGUGUGGGCUGCGAUCCAGAGAAGUUUGACUGGACAAAUCACCAGACCUCAACCGCCCCCAUCGCGGAUGAAGUGUACCCUCCACUGCCCAUGCAUUUGCCAGCCCUGAAGCUACCGCCUGCCGCUGAUCUGCUCGCUCAAUCACAGCAACAGCAGCCGGCAGCUGCUCAGUUGAGCGGCGGCUCAUCCAUCUUUAGAGCCAGUUCUCUGGCGAGCGCCAACAGCGGCGGCUUCAGUGGCUUUGGCCAGGCAGUGUCUGCCAAUUCCACGGAGGCUUUGGCUUCUACUCCUGCCAGCAAGCCAGAGGAGAAUAAACCAUCGACUGCAUUCGUUUUUGGCAGCGCAGCAUCAGAUAAACCCACCUUUGGCAAGAGCCUGUUUGGUGGUGGCAAACCCCAGCAGCAGCAGCAACAGUCGAUCUUCAGCAGCAGCCAGGGCAAUGUACUGGGAUCCAUAUUUGGCAGUGGCAUUGCCGAGACCAAAGAUCAGAGUGCCAAGUCCAUAUUCGGAGGAGUUGGCGGCGGCGCCAAUCCAGAGUUGACGAAAUCAAUUUUCGGCGGCGUAGCCAAAGUGGAUCCCGUGACGGCAGCGGCGCCUAAGACCAUUUUCGGUGGCACAAACACUUCUGUAUUUGGCGGUGGAUCGUCGGGCUUUGUGUUUGCCUCUGAGGUACCCGCUUUUGGCCAAAAGACCCAAGGCAUCACGUUUGGAGAUCUGGCCAAGCCGCCAACACCACCCAAAGAUAAAGAGACGGGUGAGAGCAACGAACAGACGAAGGACAACAACAUCCCAAAGUCGGUAUUCUCUUUGGCUUUUGGUGACACGAAGGAGACUUCCUCGCCUGCUGCUGGAGGUGCUGGUGGUGGAGCUGUGGGUAGCUCCAGUUUGGCGGAUUUGGCCAGCAAGGCUGGUAGCGAUGAUUUUGCCAGCUUGUCCGCGAAGAAUCAGGGUACACCCAUGGGCUUCAAUAAAUCAGGCAGCGGCGGCGGUUUCUACAAUCUCACGCACCAGAAUGACUUUAAAAACUUUCAAUCGCCCAAGGGAAACAACACAACGGGCGGAGGUGGUGAUGCAGAUGGCGAGGGUGAUGGUGAUGCCACAAACGAUGACAACUACGAUCCCUACUAUGCGCCCAUUGUCGACUUGCCCGAUGAGAUCGUUGUGAAGACGGGAGAGGAGGAUGAGACUAAGUUGUUUGGCGAGCGAUCGCGGCUUUACCGCUUCGAUACGAAAACUAAAGAAUGGAAGGAGCGUGGCACUGGUGAGCUGAAGAUCUUGGAGCAUCCACAAUUGCAGUCCUUCCGCAUGCUCAUGCGACAGGAGCUGGUGCCCAAGGUGCUGCUGAACAUGAAGAUAGCCGGCGACCUGAAGCUGGUGCCCAUGAAUGGCCAAAAGAAGAGCUUCUCGUGGUAUGGCCUCAACUAUGCCGCCGACGCCGAGGGCAAGACAUCCAUGGAGGGAGUUGUUGAACAGUUGGCCUGCCGCUUUGGCAAGCAAGACGUCGCGGAUCAGUUUUUGGAUCGUGUCAACCAGUGCAUAAAGCGCGCUAGUGAGGCCUCAGCGCAGGCUCAGGAAAACUCGGAGACUGAGGAUUAAACAAACACUCGAGUUAAACAAAUAGAGUUUACAUAUAGUUACUUAGUUCUUUCGUAAAUAAAAUCAUAAUUUUCAUUCAUUCUUUAAUGUAA